UGUCUACAGUCAACCCAACCCAUAUCAAGUUGAACUUUGAAGCGAGAGUCAGCAAGUAAUAAGGAUCAUCUAAAUAUAUCUGCUACAAACCGCUAAAAUGUACAGUUCUGCAAAGAAAGAGAGUGAAAUACAGAAUCAGCAAAGAAUUAUCAGUCAGCUAAAGAGAGAAUGUAAAGUUGAACGGAUGAAGGUAUCACACGCAGCCUCUGAGUUAAUGCAUUACUGUGAAGAAAAACAACUACAAGAUCCCUUCCUUUUGAAAAUUCCUGCCAACGAAAACCCAUUUAAAGAAAGACGCUCUGGAUGCCUCGUACUCUGAAACUAAACUUCACCCAAGAACAAUUCUAUUUUCAUAAUGAAAUAUUAAGAACCGAACAUAAGGACAACGUUGUCUUAAAGUCACUUUCGGCAGUUAUUUUACCAACCAUGUUUUACAUAUUGCACACUAAAAAUUAUAUUAUACAUCGAUGUAAUAAAAAAUCUUGUAAAGUUGAUAAUGAUGAAACAUUUUAUGAAGCAGAGAUUGGUGCAUGGUUAGACAAUUGUAAAUGUUGGCCAGUAACGUUCCAAGUUAUUCUUUCCCUGAUAGAUAUGCCUUUUUUAUUGCUAUUCUUUUUUCAUAAAUUUUGUGUUUUAUAUCGUUCCCUUGACAGCUUCUGUCAUUAUAAUUUAAUGCCAAAAUCAGAAGAACAUUGUACUUUUGAUAAAAAAGUAUCAAGAAAAAAGUAAAUAAAUUAUGAUUAUAAAUUAAA